AUGCCUUAGCUCUUUUAUUAGAUUAAGCUAUCGCUUGUCCUAUUGAUACUAUUAUCCAGUCUCCCCGCUUUUGCUAUUUAACAAAAUACGAUUUAAUUUGAAGAAGCAAUAAACAAUUAAAGUUUCCUUCAAUUGGAUAAUGAAAAGCAACAAGGGACUAUCAUAAAGCCGUUAAUAGAUCCAAAAUCAUACAAAUACAUUGAAUUAGAAAACAAGUUAAAAGUAUUGCUUAUUCAUGAUCCAAACUCAGAAAUUGCCACUGCUGCACUGGAUGUGUAAGCUGGAUCUUGGAAUGAACCAAGUGAAUAUCCUGGUUUAGCCCAUUUUUGUGAACACAUGCUAUUUGUUGGAUCUGUUAAAUAUCCCAGACCUGAUUACUUCGACGAGUUAUUGGCAAAGGGAGCUGGAAGUUCCAAUGCUUAUACUGAUGCUACCAAUACUAAUUAUUAUUUUGAGAUUACUUCAUAAUACUUAGAUAAAGCUUUAGAUACAUUUGCUCACUUUUUUAUAGACCCUCUUUUUACAGAAGAUUUAGUAGAGAGAGAGAAAAACGCUGUUAAUUCUGAGUAUGAGAUAGAUGUUUCCUCAGAGGAUUGGAAAAUCUAAAAUCUAUUUACAUUAUUUGCUGACCCUAAACAUCCUGCAAGUAGAUUCAGUCUAGGUAAUGAUGAAGUGUUGAAAAAGAAGGGUAUUGAAAAAGCAUUACAAUCCUUUUUUGAAUAAUAUUAUUCCUCAAACCUUAUGAGUUUGGUUAUUUAGAGUAGAAUUAGUUUGGAAGACAUGGAACGAUUAAUUAAACCUUUUAAUCACAUAAAGAAUUAAAAUUUAUAACCUUCAUAAUUUACAACAUUUCCCUAUUAAUUUGGAUUCAUAUGCAAAUAUAAGACUGAAAAAGAUCAAUUGACUUUAAAUUGGUAACUUAAAGGAAGAGAAUAGUUCACUCACUAGAAACCAAUUGAAUUUUUAGAUUAUAUCAUAUAGAAUGGAAAUCUAAUAGAUUUUAUGAAGGAGUAAGACUUGAUUAUUUCUCUUUCUUCUGAAGUUUUUAUGGAAGAGUCUUCAUUUACUAAUUACAUGAUGGAGAUAGUUUUAACUGAAAAAUCUCAAGAGAAUGAGGAAGUUGUUGCUGAAAUAACUAAAAUUAUAUUCAAUUACAUUCAAAAACUAGAAAGUUGGUUAUCAGAUGAUGAAUACAUCAACCAAGUAUUCAAAGAACAAAGAAAGAUUUCUAAAUUGAAUUUCAACUAUUUAACCGAACAAUUGGAUACUUCUACUAUGGCCAGAAUUUUGAACAGAUAGAAACCAAACGAGGUUCUUUCUUCAGAAUUCAUUAUUGAUACAUUGGAUAAGGAUUUAAUAUUAGAUUACAUUCAAUAAUUGAAGAAUACAUAAAACUUAAUAAUUUUGAUAGGUAACCAUCAAUAUUCAUAUUCAAAUGAAAGAGUUGAUGAUAAAAAGAGUAAUAAAUAGUUUCUUUAAGAUAAACUAUUAAAUGAAAAGAGCAAUUUAUAUAGACUUGUAUACUCAAAACAGAAAUUUGAUGACCAUUUUAUUAAUUUUAUAUCCAGAUAGGAUGAAAAAUUGCAAGGUAUGUUUGAUAAACCAUAAUAAAAUGAAUUUAUCCCAGAUAACGUGGAAUUAAUUUCAUUGUGCGAUUCCUCGGAAUCCAAAUUACCUUAAAUCGUCCAUUCAGAUAAACUAAAGACUUUAGAUUAACAAAGUAAGUUAAAUUUAUUUCUGAUGGCUGGUUAAGAUUUGAAUCAAUAUAGUGAUGAGUAAUGUUCAUUGGAAGAACAUAAAUACUAAAAGUAAAAUCAUUAUCCAAUUUUACUUAACAAAGAAUAGCGAGAAUGGUGGAAGAGUUAAACUUCUUAUAAAGUACCAUUUAUUUUCGGAGCUUUAUAAAUGAAAUACCAAAAAUCUUUGAGUUUACGAUAAUUCACUUCAUUAAGAUUGUAUAAUUUUAUGGCAGAUGAAAUUAUAUCUAAGGAGUUGAAAUUACCUUUGUCUUCUGGAUAUUCCUAUGAAUUGGAUAUGAAUAAGAAGACUCAAAUAAAGGUUUAUGGAUUCAGUGAGCAUGUGAGAAAUCUAUUUAAGAAACUCUGUUCUUGCUUGAAUCCAUUUAGGGAUAAAUCGAAAAGCUUCCUUGAACUCACUGAGUCAAAAAGAUUUGAAAUAGCUAAAUAGUCAUUGCUGUUGUCAAUUAAGAAUAUGUAUUAGGAUAAUUUAUUUGAAUAAGCCAUCUAAAUUUAUUUACCUUAAUUAUUACAAAAGGAUUCUCAUGAUCCUGCUAAAGUUAUAGAAUAGAUUGAUUAAAUUACAUAAUAGGAAAUGCUUAAGGAUGUUAGAGACAUCAUGAAUGAUGUGUAAUAUUCUAGUUUGUUUAUUGGAAAUAUUGAUUAAUCUGAGGCAAUUGAAUUAUCGGAUGAAGUUCAAUCAUGUGCUAAAAAUAAAGAAUCAUCAUCUACUUAAGAUAAUAUUUAAGAUAAGGUGGCAAUCAUAAAUUUAAAAGGAAAAAACCUUAUUGAUUCUAGAUUUAUAGAAUCAGGGGAUGAUGAUGACAUUAAUGGAGUCACUUUAAAUUAUUACUAAAUUGGAUAAAGAAAGUAAAUGAAUUAGGCAUUUAUUAAAUUAUUAGAACCAAUCCUAAAUUAAUAAGCUUACAAUUAUUUGAGAACUGAUUUAUAAUUGGGCUAUGUGGUAGCAGUUGAGUUUAAAACAGCUGCUUGCGUUGAUGGGGCUUUGAUUUUAGUGUAAGGAAGCACAGAAAUCCCAAUGAAAGUGAAUCAAAUUAUAGAUGACUUCUUGGAUUAAUUUUCAGUCUAUUUGGAGUAAAUGAAUAAUAGAGAAUUUCAACAUCUUAAACAUGGAGUAAUUACUGGUUUAAAGGAAAACCCAUAGAGUUUAAGUGAGGAAGGGGAUCGCCUAUGGAAGUAUAUUAGUGCUGGAACAAUUGAAUUUGAAGAUAGAUAAGUGGCAAUUGAAGAAAUCAGAAAAAUAUCAAAACAAGAUUUAAUUGGGUUUUAUAGAAAUUCAUUCAUUGAAAACAAAUCAAAAUUAAGUCUGCAAUUAUAUGGGUAUAGAUUAUCAUUAUUGGUUAUUAGGUAAGGCAUGGUGACAUAGAUGAUGAACUUGGAGACUUAGGCUGAGUUUAAUGAAUUUAUUUCUAAUACGAAGCCUGAAGAGGCAUAAUUGUUUGAUCCUCUCAAGGCAUCAUAUUAUUAGUGUGAGUUUGAAGCGACUUAGAUUUGA